UCUUGGCUAUUAGCUGUCAACAAACAACAGCUGAUGGUAAAACAAAACAAUCUAUCCCGCCUUUGUUGUGAUUUUAGACAUUUUCUUAUUAACAAUUCUAAUUGUGUAAAAAUCCUUAGCAAUAUGUCCUUGGAGUGUCCUAGUAGUCCUGUCUAUCACACCAGUGCAGAGCAGAAAUUAAAAUCCAAAAAUGCGGCCAAAUUAUAUCGUUUUGGUACGCCCAAACUAAGGGAUCUAUUAAGAGAGAAAUGUCGCAUACGUGUUAAAGAAGCACGACAAAUGGGUUUUUCCCACAAUCGUCCCGAGGGAGCAGCAGGGGAACAGAUUUCCCUUAAAGCUAUACUCCGCCAGGAAUUGGCCGAAUUGGAACAUGAUAUUACUUUGCAAGAUGAAAUCUUUAAUGAACUAGAAGAAGAAUUAAAUGAUUGGUUUGCCGAUCAGCUGGAGGAAGAACAAAACUAUUUAAUAGAAGUGGCCGUAUCACAAGAUUUAGUUUGUCCCAUUUGUCAAAUCUCAAAUUUGGUUAUAUUCCAGACCAACGACUCUAGCUACAACUAUAGAUGCAAAUGUAAUGCCAAUUUUAAUUUUCCGGCCAAUAUGGAGUUGUUGCGUACCAAACUAUCACACUGCAUUGAUGAACACGAACAGAAGUGUUUGACAAAGUUAAAUUUCUUUGUUAAUCCUCUGACUCAACAAUUGGAGGGUAUGUGUGAUAAUUGUGAUUAUUUUUGUACACUGUAGUUGGAAAAAAGAUCAGCAGACUCUGGUAGUCUUUUUUUAUAUUUUUUAUAUCUUUUUACAUAUUUAUAUUUUCUAUCAACAUUUGUUUUUUUUUUUCUAAAUUUAAGUUUAAUUGCUCACCCCUUCAGAGUUUUAUUCUAAUACUUUUUCGAUUUGCAGAUUUUGUAAUAUAACGUUUCAGUUGAAUUUGAAUUUUUCAAUAUAUUUCGGUGGUUUUUCGCAUUAAUUGUAAACUGUAAAUCAGUCUAGUAUUGGAAUAAUUCAAAUAUUAAAACUUGAAAAUAGUUAUUUUGUAAUAGGGGUGAGUUUAUUUUAUUAUUUAGCCAUUGAAAUUUACGAGUGCGACGAUCUUUUAAGUUUAAUUAAAAAAA